GAUAAUAAACAAGAGGAACGAUAGCUCGUCGCCCCCCUCCCCGGGGAUGUUUCGCGUCGGCUUCACGGCUGCCUGAGACACCGCUCUCUCUCUCGCCGAGCGUGGCUAUACGGGUUGCAAAAUGACAGAAAGCGGCGUACCUAGGAUGAAGGGGCGCAACGGGGCGAGGCUGUUUAAAAAUCCACCGCAGCCGCACAUGUGUAUACAGGAUUUUAUACAGGGCACUACGGCUCCGUGUUAUGUAAACGUGCUGUCCUGGGACAAAAUUGCAAUGCCACGCAGACCCUCACUGCCUGUGCCGCUCUACGGCGGCAUGAGAGUGCCGCCUCCUCGCACAAAGACGGAAGCCAUAGUGUUUGCUGUAAUGGCCAAUCCCGAGGUCCUGCGGAUGAGCGGCAAGAAUGCUCAGGACGCGAAGAAGCGCACGAGCUUCAUCGAGUUACUAUUAGACUUCAUAGAGGCGAUGAAUGCAGGAGUAGUCUUCAAUCGUAAUUACACAAUACUGAAAGAUCGAGACAUCACAGGCGAGCUGAAGGAAGUCUGGAACGCAGUGCUGGCCAUACGCGACAAUGAGCAGCGCCCGCCGCAACAAGAAACUUGGAUCGACGUUCAGCCACCCAUGUCGCAAUAUCCUCAGUACCCAGAACAGCAGCAGCAGCAGCAAGAGUAUAUACCGCAACCACCGCAGUACCACUCGAGCGUCGCCUACAGUAGGACCAUUAACAACGAAAAUAUGCACUACGAGAGCUACGGGCAUCAGCCACAGAAUUCGCCAAUUUCCAAGAACGAGCCUAUCUUCAUACCCGGGCACAGCUUCGUGUCGCAGCAGUGCCACAACAGCGUUCAUCGUAUCGCCCUCGACCGGUACAACUACCGCGAGCGCGGCAGAGACGGUCAGGUUGUGCAAAAUAUUAUUUCACCGCAGCAUCAGUUUCAACCGAGGCAAACGUGGCCGCAGUAUGUGAACACCAAGUAUAUGCCAGGCUCGAAUCUACCGUAUGGUCCGGGCCCAAAUACCACCCCGGCCAUUAAUCCCCCGAAUCAAAUGAAGCCUUUUCAGCCAUAUCCUGCUUAUCAGCAGCAGCAGCAGCAGCAACAACAGCAGCAGCCGACGCCGCCACCGCCGCCGCUGCCGCAUAUGGAUAAUACGAUGCAUGUUGAUAUUCGUAGGAUGCAACAGCAACCGCAGCAGUCACAAAUACACUUUAAUCAUGUACAGCCGCAAUAUGCUGAGCAAUCUGGGCCAUUCAAUGUACAAAAUAAUGCACACAGAGCAAGUAGACCGCAUAUGGGCGUAGCUCAAAAAAAUAACGUCACUAAAAGACAGGCAAACUCGCCAACACACAUUUCUUGUACAAAUUGCCAAAAUAAGGAAGACCAGUCUAUCACGAAGCCGAAGAGUCCCGUUAAAGUUCUCCAAAGGGAAAUGCCGACGGAGCGGCAGGACACGACUAAUCACGUGGAGUGCAAUAAAGCUCCAGCGGAGAAAACAGAGGAACCGAAGAUCGUUCCGGUGACAAAUUUAGAUGAGGAUCUUAAGAAGAGCGAUGAGCUCGUGGUUGAAUAUGUAUACUCGGAGAAAGAAUAUCCCUACGUCUGUAGUUCAGAAGUAGCGCGUACCGUUGACGAAGCGCCGCCGUGUGAAGAAAAGAAUUCUGCAAAAGUAGAAUCUUGCACAAUGUCCUCGAUGGAAACGAAAGAAACGGAAGUUACGUCAGCUACGCAACAAUUGACUGUUCUGAAGAAUGCCAAUAAGUUUGUCAGAGGCAAUGCGCGAACGCGAAGAACGCAACCAGCCACCAAAGGUGACAACUAUUCGGAGAAUCCGAAACGCUCACAGCCGACGAUGAACAGCAUAUUCAAGAAUGUAUUCAAGAUGAAUCCAGGCGCGUCCAGUGAGGAAUCGUCUGGCAAGAAAAAGGCGAAUGGCCAAGCAAGGCCGGCCAAUGGCAAAGCGAUGUGUGAGAACGAAGAACAGGUACAGCAGGGAUAUACAAUACUGAAGAAGGAGGCUCAGGAGGAGAUGGUGAGCGAGAUCGCUCAAUUAUCUAUUCAAGACUGCAAGGAUGCGGCCGAAGUCGCUCCCGUGCUCUCGUGAUAGCCAGGCCUACAGCUGAUACUCAGCUGUGUCGGCACGCGACAAAGGGCUUUGAUGUAAAUAGAUAGAACUUAAUUCAAUAGGAAGAAGUCAGGAAGAAACGAAAGACAUCGCGAACAGAGGGGCGGGGAGGAAAAUGCAUCUUCGAUGAUUAGAAUUCAUACCCUUGCAUAUUUCGGAGUCGUGGACGGAACUGCUACGUCUUUUAAACGGCUUUAACGAUCGAUUAUCAUUGCGCGAAUACGUGACGAUCAUUUAUGAUUUUAUGAUGCCACAGUGCUCUCGAAAUUCUUUGAUAUUUGAAGGUCCUAUCAUUUACCAGAGAUACUUCGAUAUUUUAAUUUUUGACGGUCCACAUUAUUAACGAUUGCAAAAUUUUUUAAUUAAAAAGUUUAUGCUGCUUGAUGAAGUUGUUGACUUCAAGUUCAAACAAUAAACGAGACAACGAUGUGGAUCGUUAAAGAUUAAUCACAAACUGUGGGGAUUGUUACAAACAUUGCGAAUGUGAUCAUACUAGAGUAACGGUACUACGUGUGAUAUCAAAGAACAUAUUUAUCAGCUUUAGUCGACUAUAGAUAUGUCAGGAAACUUAUUCGCGAUCAAAGCUGGGUACAAUUUGAAUUCGUGUACAGUUUGAUUCAUCAAUUUUCAUGCAAUGGCCUUAUAACAUAGAUUGUCAUAGAUCAUUUUCCCAAAUGUCGUUUUAAGUAACAAUUUCAGUAUCUGUUAUAGUUUCACAUCUGUAUUUGUAAUUCCGAAGUUAUUGCUGGGUUUCGAAAUGUCGGGCUUUUAUUAUAGUGGAAUUUAUUAAAGUUUUCUUUAUCUAGUUCAAUUGGUGAGAUAUGAUAAAUUUUUUUACUCUAUGUUUUAUAGAAAAAUAAGCAUUUUUUAAAUAAAAUA